AGCCGCUGUCCCCGGCGGCGGAGCAGCUGCCGCUGUCCCCGGCGGCGGAGCAGCUGCCGCCGCCCCUCAGCGAUGCCGCCGCAGCAGGGCUCUGCCCGCAUGCGGCAGCGCACCGUGCUCCUGGUGGGGAUCGCCGUCCUGCUGGCCGCCCUCGUCCUCGCCGUCGUGCUGGCCUCUCUCCUGACCCACGGGAGGCACGAGGUCAGUCCCCAAAUGCUGAAGUGGAAGGACAGGGGAACCACUAAGAACUUGCAAGAAGUCAUCCUGGGAAGAUGCUACAACUACAUCACGGCGCAGCACCCAGAGCUGGGAGAUAAGGAUUGUCAAAAAAUAUGGGAAUCAUUAAAAGAUGCGUUCAUUUACAAGAAUCCCUGUAAUAUCACACCAGAAGAUUAUCAGCCUUUAAUGGAGCUAGCGAGUCAUCCUAUACCCUGUAACAAGUCACUGUUCUGGAGCAAGACAGGUGACCUCGUUCAUCGUUAUACAAAAUCCAAUCAAAAUUUCCUUACCUUGGAGGACACCUUGCUGGGUUAUAUGGCUGAUAGAAUUUCAUGGUGUGGAGACCCCUCUGCCCCAGGAAUCAACUAUGAAUCUUGUCCAAAACGAAGUGAAUGUGAGAGCAACCCUGGCUCUGUGUUCUGGAAAAUGGCAUCCAAGAUGUUUGCAGAAGCAGCGUGUGGUGUGGUUCAGGUGAUGCUCAAUGGAUCAGUAGAAGCUGGAGCUUUCAGAAGCAGCAGCAUUUUUGGAAGUAUUGAGAUCUUUAACCUGGAUCCAGAUAAAGUCUCUAAAGUGCACAUUUGGCUUAUGCAAGACAUUGGUGGACCUCAAAGUGAAUCCUGCUCAGGUCAUUCCAUUCAGAGGUUAAUCAGCAUUUUAGAAGAGCGAAACUUUAAGAUCAUCUGUGAAGACAAUUACAGUCCUGCCUGUCCUGCAAGAAAAUGUGUUAGAAAAGUCACUGCCAUCAAGUUCUUCAAACAUGAAGUUGUGACACAAGGACAACUGGUCACCUGGGACAAAGAUACAGAGAAUAGAGCUCAGCUGUGAACUUCUUCAUAACAAGCAGAGGUCCUAAGGUGAACCAUACCAGGAAAUUUUUAUUUAUACCAGAAAAGUUUUAUUUGACUCCACAAUCACUAAAGUUAUACUGACUUCAGUGACUCAGUAAAUGCCCCAAAGAAAGACUCAUAUGUGAUUGGUGUCAAGUGAUCACUUUGUGGAUGUUGGCUGAAAAAACACAAGGCUUGGUAAGUGCAAGGAGACCUUAGACCCUCUCAGCCAUUUGGUUGUGGUCAGUACAAUAAUAGAACUGGUUGUAAUGAAGUUAGACUCCAGAUAUAUUUGCCUCAGACCCUGCUAUUCUGAAAUGCACCCUUCUGAAGAACAUUCAAAACUACACACCCAUGGAGGUAAAAAAUUCUUCACUUUGGCUGAGACAGUUUUGAGAUCUUUGCUCUCAUAUUAGCCCACCUUCUGAGGAAAAAGGCUGCACAGAGACCCCCUUUUUCUCCUGAUGCUCCACACUGUCCUUGCACAACUGCUUGCAUUGAAGGUGAAAUGCAUCCAUGAGCUGCUGAGAAUGAGCAUGUUUUCCUCCUGCGAAGAGCCACAUGUGAAGAUAAAAGUCAGCCCUGAAUGGAAACAAGAAGAUGAGGAAGAAGAAAUAUAGUGCAUCCCUGGAGAGCAACGUGCAACUCCAGCACAUGGGUCCAGGUGCUGACAGUCCUGCACAUGGAGAUGUAACUCACAGCUCUGGAAUCCCAAACUGGAAUUUGCUCUGGGAUAUGUCACUGGCCCCAUGUGCCUGGCUGGCUGGCAGCCACAGGGACAGCAGUGCCUUCUGGCACCUCAGAGCAGUGAUUGUGCUUCAGGCCACAAAGUCCUCACCGUAGUGCUCCUGAGAGUAACAGCAGCUAAGGAUAGGCAGGACUGGACAUUUUCCAAAAUAUCUGGAGCAAGUAAGCCUCUUAAGUCAGGCCUGCCCAGUGCUCUGGUUAUAAUCUGGAACUAAUAGAAAGGUGUCUGUGUACUGGAGCAGACAUUAACAAUUAAUUACUGCAUUGUAUGAUUGCUUGGGCCAAAUAAAGCUCCUAA